GGGGGGGGGGGGGGGGGGGGGGGUGGGGGGGGGGGGGGGGGGGGGGGGGGGGGGGGGAGGGGGGGGGGGGGGGGGGGGGGGGGGGGGGGGGGGGGGGGGGGGGGGGGGGGGGGGGGGGGGGGGGGGGGGGGGGGGGGGGGGGUGGGGGGGGGGGGGGGGGGGGGGGGGGGGGGGGGGGGGGGGGGGGGGGGGGGGGGGGGGGGGGGGGGGGGGGGGGGGGGGGGGGGGGGGGGGGGGGGGGGGGGGGGGGGGGGGGGGGGGGGGGGGGGGGGGGGGGGGGGGGGGGGGGGGGGGGGGGGGGGGGGGGGGGGGGGGGGGGGGGGGGGGGGGGGGGGGGGGGGGGGGGGGGGGGGGGGGGGGGGGGGGGGGGGGGGGGGGGGGGGGGGGGGGGGGGGGGGGGGGGGGGGGGGGGGGGGGGGGGGGGGGGGGGGGGGGGGGGGGGGGGGGGGGGGGGGGGGGGGGGGGGGGGGGGGGGGGGGGGGGGGGGGGGGGGGGGGGGGGGGGGGGGGGGGGGGGGGGGGGGGGGGGGGGGGGGGGGGGGGGGGGGGGGGGGGGGGGGGGGGGGGGGGGGGGGGGGGGGGGGGGGGGGGGGGGGGGGGGGGGGGGGGGGGGGGGGGGGGGGGGGGGGGGGGGGGGGGGGGGGGGGGGGGGGGGGGGGGGGGGGGGGGGGGGGGGGGGGGGGGGGGGGGGGGGGGGGGGGGGGGGGGGGGGGGGGGGGGGGGGGGGGGGGGGGGGGGGGGGGGGGGGGGGGGGGGGGGGGGGGGGGGGGGGGGGGGGGGGGGGGGGGGGGGGGGGGGGGGGGGGGGGGGGGGGGGGGGGGGGGGGGGGGAGAUUAUUGA